UCUUUCUCCCUAUCUUUAUCUCUGUCCCUCUCUCUCAGGAUUUCCAUCCUGUCUUUCCUCUUCUGAUUGGAAACCCCUCUCUGAUAGCAGACAUGGCCAGCGGAGGGAUGCAGCUUCUCGGCUUCUCGUUGGCGUUUUUAGGCUUUGUGGGGUUGAUCAUCUCCGCCACCAUGACGGAGUGGAAGAUGUCCUCGUACGCAGGGGAUAACAUUAUAACAGCACAGGCCAUAUAUGAGGGACUGUGGCAGUCCUGUGUGUACCAGAGCACCGGCCAGAUACAGUGCAAAGUCUACGACUCACUCCUACAACUACCCUUGGAGGUCCAGGCGGCUCGAGGGUUCAUCCUGUCGGGGAUCCUGUUGUGUGGAAUCGCCAUCCUGGUGGCCUCGGUGGGCAUGAAGUGCACCAAGUGCAUGGAGGACAAUGUGGAGCUCAAAGACAAAGUGGCUGUGGCUGGAGGCGUGGUCUUCAUCAUCGCAGGUGUCUUCGCUUUCAUUGCUACUAUCUGGUAUGGAGAUAACAUCAGACGGAAGUUCUUCGACCCCUUCACCCCGACGAAUGGAAAGUACGAGUUCGGUAAAGCUCUGUAUAUCGGAUGGGGAGCGUGCGCGCUCACUGUGAUUGGAGGCAGCUUGCUGUGCUGUAACUGUGGCCAGAAGAGCUCAGGAGCUCCACCAGCCCGUUACCCGGCGCCCCGCCCGAACCAGCCCUCACAGCCCGGCUACGUUUAACGCUCAGCCACUCUCAGGAUAAUCCAGGUCCAGGUUUACAUAAAGCACACAGUUACAGAACAAAACAUCGAACCAGUCACAUUCGCUCUUCUCUAAAGUACUGCAAAAUAUGUCUCACUCACUUUUCUCACUCACUUCCACUUUUCUUCUGGAUUUAAUAAUGCGGCGUGGUUUGAGGUGAAUCCUUUGUUCACAUGCGACCUGUUUUGUCAGAAAUCCCUGUUAUAACUGUUAUGUUUGUUCAAAAUGAUAUUAUCUCUAGAAUCAGCUUCUGUUUGCAGAAACCAAGGAACGAUUUGCGUUAGUCUUACCGACCUGGCAACCUUUAGCCACUAAAUCCCUGAUUCAUUUCAUUCAAGAAACCAGACCAGUGAACAAUGACUACGUUUACACGGACAGCAGUAAUCUAAUUACUGACCUUAUUCUGAAUAAGACAAUAUCGUGACAUGAGUUGCAUUUAGAAUACUCCUUUCAUGAUCCCAUGUUAUAGAAACAUAGAUCGAUUAACGUCACAUGCUAUUACUUCCCCACACCACGCCGUCCGACAUCCGACGUGGGCUGCGUCCCAAACUGCGUACUUACCUACUAUAGUAGCUGAGAUACAUGUAUUUCUCCUACUAUACAAGAGGUAAGUGCGCGGUUUGGGACGCAGCCGUGCUCUCUUGUUUGCCGUCAAACAGUUGAGCGCUGCCGUGUGUGUACGUGUCCUGUCGCACAAUAGUGUGAUACGUUAAUAGUGUGAUUAAAGUGUGUACAUGUCUGUAAUGCGACUAAAACAGGAAAUACUCCACACGUCUUAAUUCCAUGUGUGUUUACUUCGAGUAACUUUAAUCGGAUUAACGUCAUCAGUAAUCUCUGUUUACAUGCCAGUUUCUUAAUCAGAGUAUCGUCUUAAUCGGGUUCAUAUCGGAUUAUCGUUGUCCGUGUAAACGUACUGAAUCAUUCAGUUCUCACACCAAUUUGAACUCUUCCUAAUCUUUCCAACAAGGGGAUUUGUGAGAAUGUCUGUGCAUUUUUAAAAAAUAAUGAAACUGUUUUGAAAUACCAAGGAACUUUUUUUUUUAUUUAUAUUACAUAGAUUGCUAUUUGAUUCAAAUUUGUUGCCAGUGCUAAUUUUUUUUCCCCAAAACAUAUCCAUUAUUAGAGUGUGAUUACAUGCUACCUGGAUUAAUUAUUAUUAUUAUUAUUUUUUAUCAGAACCUUGUGCUAGUUAGUGAUAUGGUAUUUCUCGGGCAUUAAAAACUGUAAACAAUAUAUUAUUCUGCACUGGUUUUCAAUUACAUCAUAAACAGAUGUAAGGAAUCAAACACUUGCGGGUGUUUUUUUAAACAGCAUGAACUGAAGUGUUUUAUUUCUCUUACACCACACCAUUGGCCAACAAUUACAAAUUUGAAUUUGUUAAUGAAUGACAUCAUACUUUUUAUCCGUUUCUAUAUACAUUUAGCGUUGAGUAUCCAGAAAUAACAACUUGGUAUCAUUAGCCUUGCACGAGUCCGCGUGUGAGAAACGAGCACGUGUUAGAACGAGCGCAUCGAUGUAAACCUGGGAUCGUUCGAGUUGCUGUCGUAGGAAAUGAACGAGCGGAUAAAUCGAUACCUCCUGACCAAUCAGAAUCCAGAACUCAACAGCGCUGUGGUGUAAUCUUCUUUUGUCAGCGUGACCCAUAAUGUAUGCGUCCGAAUGUCGUUGUUUUUUUUUUUUCGUGAAUUGCUUUGUAAGGUGUAAGGUUUUGUUACUGAAUGUUGAAGACAUUUGUAUGUCAAUGAUUUACUGAAUAAAAUCUUGCUUUUGUACGAGA